UUGAGCUUCCAAGUGGUCAUCACCAGAAGAAGAGGACAAGGAAAAGAUAGCAUAGCGUCAGAGAUUCUGAUAAUAUCAUUUCGUUUGGUCAGAAUACGAUUCUGAUUUAAAUAUGUCAAGCAUGAAUCAAGAGAAAUAUCCGCGAUCAUCCAUUGAGGAUGAUUUUAAUUAUGGCACGAAUGUCGCAACGGCGAGCGUGCAGAUCCGGAUGGAUUUCCUCCGCAAGGUGUACACCAUCCUUUCCCUGCAGAUUAUCAUCACCACUGCUGUAUCUGCUCUUUUCAUGCUCUGUAACCCCAUUAAAACCUUUGUGCAUGAAAGUCCCACUCUGGUGCUUAUAUCUGCUAUCGGGUCUCUUAUCCUACUCCUUGCUUUGGCUGUGUACCGACACCAGCACCCUAUCAAUCUUUAUUUGCUGUUUGGAUUUACACUGCUGGAGUCUCUGUCUGUAGCCACUGCAGUGACAUUCUAUGAGUACGCCAUUGUGCUCCAGGCCUUUGUGCUCACUUCUGCGGUGUUCCUGGGCCUCACUGCUUACACCUUCCAGUCCAAACGGGACUUCAGCAAACUCGGAGCCUGUCUGUUUGCCGGCUUGUGGAUCCUCAUCAUUGCAAGCUUUAUGAGGCUUUUCUUCUACAAUGACACAAUGGAGCUGGUUUUCGCUGGGGCUGGAGCCCUGCUUUUCUGUGGGUUCAUUAUUUUCGAUACACACGUGCUGAUGCACAAGCUGUCCCCGGAGGAACAUGUCCUGGCAUCCAUCAAUCUCUACCUGGACAUAGUCAACUUGUUCCUCUACAUUCUGCGCAUCCUUGACUCCAUGAAGAAGCACUGAAUGGUUUGACAUUCUGAAUUGUAGGUACUGUAAUGCUGGGAGUGAAAUUGAAACUACAAAACAUUAUUCUUUAAUUUAACAGGCUCCAUGUACCAUAUGAGAGUAUAUUUUGCCAAAAUGCAAAUGCUUGUUUUUAACUAUUUAAUUCAAAAUUUUAAAAUUAGAAGGAUCCGUAUUAAGUAUUGCAGAUCACUGCAUUACAUAUUCUGGACCAGACAAUGUAAAGUCUUACAGAGUACAUGCACUGGAUGCCAAGCAUUAAAGUAAUUUGUAUUGUAGUUUUGUUUUGUUUUUUUGCAAUGUGCACAUGUGACAGUGUUCAAAAUUGGAGUAUGUGCACCAUUCCUCUAUUUAGGCAUAUACAGUAUUUGACUCCUCAGAUUAUAUUUGUUCCCCAGAUACUGCUCCCACAUUUUUCCAUUGCAGGAAUUUAAAUUUAAAUGUCAGUUUUAGUGUAUUACAGAUAGUUUCUCCCUUGUUUUAAAAACCAUUGGCAUAGAGCUUUCAGCUCUCUUCAGUUUGUUGAAGUGUAAAUUUGAAUGUUAUAACAAGUUAUGAUUGUACGAAAUACAUUGAUCUGUCAAAAUGCUGUAUUUAUAUUUACUGCAGCCUGUUUUGUUUUGUUGUAGUGUUUAAGUCUUGUUGUUAUCCUUGGUGAUUUGCUUUUCAGUUUAGUGCUACAGUAAAUGGGUGAUAAUGGUUUGGGAAAAAAGUUGAUGUCAAGCCUACACAUUCUGUUUAAUUUGAGUGUGUAUAUUCACAAUUAAUUUAAACUAACCUAUAAAUUCUAUAGACGAUUCAUUUGUAGGGAUCAAGAGCAGACAUACUUCCUUACCAAAAAUGCCUGAAUUUACAAGAACAUUCCAUAAAAACGGCAUUGAAACUAUUACACAAAUCAACACAAAUUAUAUACAUAAAUGUUUACUUUUGGACAAUAUAAAAACAAAUAUGAUAAAAUAUUUUUAUUUACAGGAAUCAUUGUUGUCAGUAACAUGAUUUUCAAACACCAUGUAGUUGGUUUCAAAAACAUAUUUUACAGCAUAAAACAACUUUUUUCCAGCCAAAACACCAGUCAUCUCAAUUAAAUAAACUAGGUAUGGAAUAAUUUUAAACGCAAUAAUCAGGUUUUUUGAGGGACCUAUAUAUGCCUGUACCUUAUUUAUUAACAAACCCAAAGUGCAAUAUUUAUCAUAAUAGAAGUAUUAAUUAAAAUCUAUAAUGAAGGGAAAUAUAAUUGCAGUCCUUGAACUUAAGGGCAAAAUGGUGAAUUAUAAAAACUCAGCUGUUAUAUGAUUUUACCUCCUUUGAUGUACUGAAUGACCAAUACAAUAUUUUAAUCUGUAUGUUUUGUCUUUAUAGUAACCCAAAACAUGACCAUGCUCUGAUUAUGGAAUAUAACUAAUAAUGACCUAAUGAUGUGUAGGUUUAUCUGGCUCUAUAAAGUGCUUGUUUCCUGUUCUUGCAUAGAAUACACAAUAAAAAAUAGCAAACAAAGCAAUCUUGAUCACUUAUAACAUUUCAGCAUUUAAUGUUUGCCCCAACUGCCUCUGAGCAUCUGACGCUUUUGCUGUCUGUCAGAAGUGUCCGCAUACUUUAAACCUUUUUCCCAUUUUAUGGCCAUUAGGGUAUUUACGAAAUUAUCCGUGGGCCAUACAAAUGCUUGCAAUUUCUGAUUGUGGGUUGAAAUUAACGUACGCAUUCCGUUAUGUGCUCACACAUCAAGAAAAAACAAUAAAAGGUCUGUCUAUUAUACAA